UGUUUGGAAAAGACAGCAUGGAACCCUUGCUCUCCCAUCUGCAGUUUGUGCCUGUUUGAUUGCACAGUCUCAACCUUGCAAUACUAUUUGAAUUGGGAAAUAUGAUAUUUCUAAUAAUUUUGUUGUUCGUUCACCCCUGUGUAACCUCUAGGUCUAUUUCUGCCAUUUCCUCUUGCAGCUAGCACAGACAAAAAUAAUUUUUGUUCUUCAGAGCCGGGUUCUGGGUGGUUUGUUCAGCCUUUACUCUUUGGUUGAUGGGUGAUGUCAUUCUGUUUUCAUUCAUACUGGUUAUUUCUUCAACUGUAAUCUCCCUUCAAGCAGAUUUUCAGGAAAAUAGUCUUACAGAUCUUUGUCUGAAUCCAUUGCAUUACAGAUGUGUAAUGUGAGAGAAUCUAGAAUAUAUGAAUCCAAGCCAGUUUGCUCAUCUAGCUGCUUGCCUGGCUUCCUGUUUGGCAGGGCACAUGUGCCACUAACUUCACAAAGGGGCAAGAAAGAAAAGAAUUGUCCUGCUAUCCUGUAGAGGAAGCACCUCUGGCAGACUCAGUCCUCUACUGAAUCCAAAGUAAUGCAGUUUUUACUUCAUGUGAUGUCUGAAGUGGGAUACUGAGAUCUGCUCCUGGCAGUCUAAGAAGAGCGUGUGCUGUCUGGCUGUAGCACAUGCAAGACAGGACAGGAGGUUUCCAAAAGGACUGGAAGCAGGGUUAAUCCAAAGAUUUCUCUUCUGCAAGAGCUCUUUCUUUAUUCUGUGCCACCAGGGCCCCUAUGGUUGAUUUUUUUUUUCCCUGGUGAAUUUAAACAAUUAAAAAGGAUAAGAAAGGUUGAGAAACUGUAUCUGGAAGGAUCUGCUACUGAGGUUUUCUGGAUCAGCCAGGAGCAGAGCUCUUUUUACUGCAGAAACAACCAGUUUGCUUAAUUAUGAGGAUUUUAGACCACCUUCCUUCUGAACUGAUAGGGCAGAAGGGUGACUCUGCCCUGGAGACAUGUCAGUUAAUGCUGAUCUAACGCAUUUCCAGGGUGUCACCCUUCGACUCCUCUCUUGUCUACUGCCAGAAUCACACCAGCAAUCAGACCGUAUAACGUGCAGGACUGUGAAGAGGGUGUAAGCUUUCGUGGUGCAGUGAGGUGGUACUUUGAGGCAGAGUCCCUGCCCUGCUGGCACCCAGCUGUGAUUAUGAUAGCAGAUCUAAAAAUUACUGCGGUUAAUACCAAAAAGCAGUUGGUCUAUAGCGGUGCUGAUAAGGCCUCGGCUGGAGCACUCUGUCUAGUUCUAGGCAAGAGACAUCAAAGAAAGGUGCAUACCAAUUGUUGGCUGCUGGGGGGAAAAAGGAGAAAAUAAGCAGAGAUUUAGAAAAUAUGACUUGAAGGGAGGUGAAGUUUAAUUCAUCUAAAAGAAAGGAAAAAAGACUUAAGAGUUAGGUCCUCAGAAAAACAAAGGAUGGUGGAAAAUACAAAGAUUAAGCUGUUUUCCUUGUCCACCACAGAAUAAACUUAGAGAUAACAGGUUUAAGUUGAAACAGUGAAGAUUGAGGUCAAACAUUAGAAAAUGUAUCUGUGUGUUUCACUGUCCUGAGACAUUACACAGGGAGAUUUGGCCUCUGUAAGGAGUGACUAAAGAAAUAGGGCUCGACUCCUUUAGGUCUCUAAAAGUCUUGUCUGCUAAAACAAUAUGGCAAUGCCAUUGUUUUGUUCAGGGCUUUUCUAUUGGGUUGGGGUUGGUUUUUUUGGUGUUUUGUUUUGGGUUUUUUUUAACGUUGUUUAGUGUAAUAAAAUGGCCAAGGAAACAGUGUAUCUCUCAGAUAUUUUAGGAAAUUAUCAUCAUCUUCAUUGUACAAUUUAGGGAGAAGAUUAAAACCCAGAUAUGAGAGGAUAUUCUGGGACUCGAUCCCUGUUGAUACUUUAAAAAGUUGAACACACAGUACUUGUAUAGAUUUAGCAUGUAAAAUGAUUUCCCCAAAAUCUUUCACAAGAUCCCCAAGAGGACUGGUAAUUCAACAACCUGCCAAUCCUCAGUUCAGUUCUGUUGUCACAAAAUUACAUGGAUAAAGUCUCCUUGGGCCAGGGACAGAAUUUUCUGGUUUUAUUAACAUGCUGCAUAUGCGAGCCUGAUGUUAUGUAUUAAAUAUCCCUUUUCCAGACUUUGCUUCAACUUUGUGAUGUCUUCCCCUGAAAUUGCUUCCCUUUCUUGGGGUCAGAUGAAGGUGAAAGGCUGCUCUACAACAUAUAAGGACUGCAAAGUAUGGCCAGGAGGAAGUCGAACCUGGGAUUGGCGAGAAACUGGAACUAAUCAUUCUCCGGGAGUGCAACCAGCUGACCUUGAAGAAGUUGUCAAGAAGGGUGUUAAAACUCUGGUGAUUGGUCGUGGCAUGAGUGAGGCUUUGCAGGUUCCACCAUCUACCGUGGACUAUCUGAAGAAAAACGGGAUUGAUGUGUUGGUCUUGCAAACAGAGAAGGCUGUGGAAGAGUACAAUGCCCUGGCUGCUCGGGGUGUCAAAGUGGGGGGAGUCUUCCACUCAACCUGCUGAAGCCUUGCAGCUCGUUCCGCCUUCCUUGACCGCAGCCAAAUCAGGGACCCGCCUCUCCACUGAGUCAAAUUACAGUCAACAGAGCGUGGACUUCCGUGCCAAGGCAUUUGUGUGCUGACAAUCUAAAAUGCAAGGACAGUUUAUUAGUUCAGGAUUUAAACAAACCGUGUGUUCGCAAAAAGGGGGCAAUAAUUGAAUUACAGAACCAUUUUUAUACAUUCUUGAGACUGACCUCAUCUUCCUCUGAAGACUGUCUGUAUCUGGUUACUUAACUCUUUACUUGUUGCCUAAAUUAAGACACUAGGCUUUGAAUAUUUAUUAGGAAAUGGCCUGAAAUUAUGUUAUUGGCUAUUGGAAUGCAGCCAUUAGAUAGAUGAGUAUAGUCAAGUGGUGGAUAUGAAGCGAUGGU